GUAAAAAAGCUCCCUUCUUCUAAUCGAUCUCUGCAGUCCUCAAUGGAAGCUUCACCUUUCUCUUCCGUUGCUUCCCGCCAUCUCUCUGCUACUUCACCUUCACUUCCAUUUUGCCGAAACCUCUCAAAUUCAAAAUUCUCUAGAAAGCCAACAGGCGCUUGUUCUUCUUCUUCUUGGACCGGCUCGACUCACUCUGUCUUGUUCUCUUCAAGAAAUUCAUUCACUAGAGAGGUGUGGGGAGUGAUCAACUCCAAGAGCAUUGUUACGGUUAAAAGAGAAAUGCGUGGUGUGAUUAGAGCUGAGAUGUUCGGGCAACUCACCAGUGGACUUGAGGCAGCUUGGAACAAACUCAAAGGAGAAGAGGUCUUGACCAAGGAGAAUAUUGUGGAGCCUAUGAUAGACAUCAGGAGAGCUCUUUUAGAAGCAGAUAUAAGUUUGUCCAAGCUGUUGGUGUUGGCUGAAUUCAAGGAGUCUAACAUAUCACUACAUGUUGACCUUCACUCUUCCACUUUAGGGGCACCGAGACUAGAUUGUACAUAA